AUGUCUGCCACUCAGAAUUCAGAUGCCGACUUCCCCUGCACGCUCACAAUUUCCCUCCCCCUUCCUAGCAACCGACUCGCCUCCUCCGCUAUGCGCGCCCUCGAAGUCGAUGCCGAGCUCUCCCCGCACGUCCGACGAUAUUUCGCCGUCAGGAGUCCCAAUCCUGAAGACCAGAAUACAAACAGUGACGAGGGGAAGACCGUUCUUGAAACCACCUACAAGGCCACCACGAACCGCAUGCUGAGAGUUGCCGUCAACGGAUUUAUGGAAAGUCUGGGUGUUGUUCUUGGGGUUAUGGAAGAGCUAGAUGUGGAUGUGCUGAAGGAGGAAAGCGAUGAAUAA